GUCUGUAGCAGCCAGGGUUCCUGCAGUGUUGACUUCAAGGAUGCUGUUCCGUACUGUGUUGAGUAGCAGAGUUUGCAGCAAAAAGAGGGAGCCCCGCAGCUACCCCUUAGACACUUUGCUGCAAUAUUACCAGUGCAACCGACAGGAUGAACACACUUCAUCCAGUGACCUUGGAGCACCAGUUCCUCCUUUUGGCUGUUCGUGGUCCACAGCAGAGCAGUUACACUGGGUCCUUGCAGUUGUAAAUGAAGAAGGUAUGGUCAGGUUAUACAACACUGAAUGCCAUAACAAGAAGGAUCCAAUUUUUCGAGGAUGGUUGGCUCACAACAAUGCUGUAUUUGACCUUGCUUGGGUUCCAGGAGAACCAAAACUAGUUACAGCUUCAGGAGAUCAAACUGCAAAGCUCUGGGAUGUGAAAGUGAGUGAGCUUCUUGGCACAUUUAAAGGCCACCAGUGCAGCCUCAAGUCCGUGGCAUUUGGAAAGCAGGAAACAGCUGUAUUUUGUACUGGUGGAAGAGAUGGUAAUAUAAUGGUCUGGGAUACUCGCUGCAGUAAGAAAGAUGGAUUUUACAGACAAGUGAAACAGAUUACUGGUGCUCAUAACUCGCAAGCCAAACAGACUCCCCCAAGGCAGAAGAAACGACGACCUGCUGCACGGGGACUUGCCCCUUCUGUGGAUUCUCAGCAGAGCGUAACAGUAGUAAUUUUUCGAGAUGAAAACACCUUGAUCUCUGCAGGGGCUGUAGAUGGUGUCAUCAAAGUAUGGGAUUUAAGAAAGAACUACACCAUUCUUCACCAAGAUCCUGUGCCAGUUCAGUCCUUUCUUUAUCCAGGCACCAGUGCACGAAAGCUCGGAUACUCCAGUAUUAUUUUGGAUUCAAAAGGCUCUAAUCUUUUUGCAAACUGCACUGAUGAUAACAUUUACAUGUUCAAUUUGACUGGCUUGAAAACCACACCAAUUGCAACCUUCAGUGGUCAUCAGAAUUCCACCUUUUAUAUUAAGGCCGGUCUUAGUCCAGAUGAUCAAUUCCUUGUCAGUGGGUCCACUGAUCAUAAUGCAUAUAUCUGGAAGGUCACUGAUCCUCUUCAUCCUCCAACAGUGCUCCAGGGACACUCUCAAGAGGUGACGUCUGUGUCCUGGUGCCCUUCAGAUUUCUCAAAGAUUGCUACUUGCUCUGAUGAUAAUACUGUUCGAAUCUGGCGUCUAAAUCGAAAAGUGGGUGUGACCAAAUCUGAAUUAGUGGGAUCUGCAUGCCAGAAGAAGCCAACGGAGAAAGAUGUCAUCAUUCAGUCAACACGUGGUACUCCACCCAAAACUUCAUUGAUGGAAGGUCCCAAGUUGCCAUCUCCUCAGCAAGCUGCAUGUGCCCCUAAUAUCAGUGGAGGCAUGCCUCUCUCUUUCAACACUCCCAGCUCUGUAACGCAGAGCUCUUUAGGCAAGAAUUAUAUACCACAUCAGCUGAGUAAGUCAACUUCCUCUUCACCACCAAAUUCUUCCUCUUGGAAGAUGUCAAUCAAGAAAUGGAUGGUUAAAAGCCCCUGCCCUCCUGCCUCUCUCUUUGGUGCCCACAAUACUUCAAGGAUGGUGCUGAACUCAGACGGACAAAUUCAAUCAAAAGAUGUCUUGGCAGCUAUAAAUGCUCCAGUUUCAGAGAAGAAAGUUAAAAGAAGAUUGGACACCAGUGAUGGGUCAGUAAUGGACAAUAGCAAAAAUGAAGAGUGCAGUUUUGUGGCAGAACUCAGUCAUAUUUCUAAAAAAUGUAAAAUUGAUAUCUGCUAUGCAGAGAUACAGAAAAGGAAAAACUUAUCAACAGAAAAUAUAGACGACAAAGGGAUGAAGAACACUGACAGUAACUCUGGAGAAAUCCUUCCUUUAGUAAGCCCUUUUCCCUGUCCAGACCUGGAAGCUUCCUCAUCUUCAUGCAAGUCCCAACAGAGAGCUGAAAUCCUGGACAAAGAAAACAACUCCCCACAAAAUCUAAAUUGGCUUGCUGAAUUAGGAGAAAAACAGAAACUUGAACUGGGUGUUAGAAUGGGGAGAUUAUCCACGAGUCCAACUAUCUCACAGAAUUUAUCUGUGAAGAAAAAGGAAGAAUGGAAUCUAGCAAGUUCACCAACUGCAGCUUCAAUGCGCAAGAUCUCUUCGUAUUUUCAGCGGAAGUUGACUGAUUGACCAUAUUGUGCAGCUGGGAAUUAUUGGCAUAACCUAAUGCUGAAUUUAAAGCUUGCAGCACUCUUGAUGAAACACUUAUCUUCUAUGUGUAGUAUUUCCUGUCUGCCAUCUGUGAUGGUGUAUGGUUUUCAUUAAUUUACUUGUGAAAUAGAGUUCCGAAUUUUUAAUACCCUUUUUUUUUGACUAUUGUUCAACCACAGUUUCCCUCUUGUUCCCCAGUCAAAAAAAAGUCUUGCACCUAACUGAGUAACUAAUUUAAAUUCUAAUGACAAUUUAUGUACCAGCAAUCUCAUUUCCUAUUGGAUCUCGGGUUAGUACUAGCUGAUGAACAGGGUAGCUUAUGCAUUAUAGUGCAUGUAGGGACAGGACUGAAAACUGUCAACCACACAACUAGCUCAUUUUGCAGUGUUAAGAAAUGAGCAGAGAGAAAAAUUAAGAACUACAAACUGUACCCCUAAAUUUAACUAAUCAAUGGUUUUUGAGCAUUGAAGUAAUUACUUGGUUUAUUUGUCAAAACACCCUGGUUCCAUUUGAAUUUUAUCCAAAUUUUAAAUUUUACUUUCCUUUUUUUAAAAAGCACAAAGUUACAGCUAUGUUUAUAAAUUAUGUUACUGGUUGAUAUUGAACUUGUUGCUUCCCAGAUUAGAUUUUACCUACUUCGAUAAUGUUUGAUGUUCUUUUUUUUGCUUAAUGUUGGAACAAACUAUAUUUUGCUAUGACUCCAGCCUGGGGGACACAUAGUGGCACUGAAGGUAAUGGAGGUGUCUCAUAACUCCAGUGAUGCAGGCUCAAUUCGGACCUCCAAUGCUGUCUGUAGAGUUUACAUUUUCUCCUUAUGAUCACACAGGUUUCCUCCAAUGUGCUGGUCAGUGGAUUAAUUGGUCACUGUAAAUUACCCCUAUUGUAGGUGAAUGGGAAAGCCAGGGGGUGUUACUGGGUAUAUGUGAAAGAAAAGGUUAUAAGGAAAUAAGUGGGGGAAUGAGAUUGCUCUGAUAUCUGGCAUAGACUCUGGGCCAAAUUGCUUCCUAUGUCUUAAGGAAAUACAAAAUGUGGAUGCCUUCGCACAACUGGAAGCAAAAUUAUUCGAAUGUUGUAGAUUAUGCCACUUGUUAUGGACCUUUCAUUGUAACAGAUAAAUGAAUGGAACUUAAAAAGCCCAGUUUUGUGUUUUUUCAAUCUAAAACAAUAUAUAAUGUGCAACCAAAUAAUAUGGCAACACAUUGAUACCUUAGGCGAAGCAGUGGUUAGGUUACAUUUGGUAGAAUCUCUCUGCCCUUUCCUAGCCCUGUCUCUUAGAAUUCUGAUGUCAAUACAUAUGGAAUUGAUGCAUUAUGAAUUGAUAGCACCUCUGCAAUGGUAAACAUCUAUUUGUCAUGUGAAUUGUUUGACAACAUUGUCCUUGUUUGUUUUCUGAAUUAUGGUGGUACUACUGCACUUUAAUUGUGUCAAGGUUAACUUGCUAAAGCUACAAUAUAGUUCUGACACAAAAUUAUCAUUGAGCUAGUUUAUUUGUCAGUCAAAGUAGGAUUUAGAAUACUUAAUGCAGAAGUUUCAACUUUCAAGUUUUGUAUGAAUUUGGAAAUUAAAGUUGCACCAUGUAUUGUUUUUUCAUUAAAGUAAUUGAUCUCAUCC